AUUCAUAAAAUCAAUGAUAUUUAAAUAAUUCUAAAAAUAUCCUUUGGUUAUUGCCGAAUUAAUGCCUUGGUCUAAGCCUUGGUAGUUAUCAAAUGUUUUACAUAUUACGUAAAUAAUCGUUAAAUAAUCAGCUCUUUAUCGUCUUACUGCUUUUUGUUUUCAUAAAUCUCCCCUUAUCACAAUAUAGCCAUGACUUUUCUAUCACACAUUAGAAUUAUGUACCUAACGCGAAAAUAAAAUACAUUAGUGACAAUGUCAAGGGAAAGGGCGAACAGAAGAUUCUACAGGGUAGAAUCCACCUCAAAUUUAUUAUCAUGCUUGGACAGAGGGUUGGCCGCUGAACAGGAAAACCGUUGGACUUUCGAAAUAGCAUGGGAGGCAGCCAACAAAGUUGGUGGCAUUUACACUGUCAUCAGAUCGAAGGCAUAUGUUUCGACAGAAGAAUUGGGCGACCAAUACUGCCUCAUGGGCCCCUACAAGGAACAUUGCGCCCGCACAGAAGUAGAGGAAGGUCCAUUGGGGUGUGAAGCUCUUAAUAAGGCCAUAGAGGCUGUUAGGAACAAAGGAUUUAGGGUAAUCACCGGAAGAUGGUUGGUCGAUGGUAAUCCACAGAUUAUUUUAUUUGAUAUUGGAUCUGCCGCAUGGAAAUUGGAUGAAUAUAAACAAGAGCUGUGGGAAAAAACUAACGUAGGAGUUCCUCAUUUAGAUAUAGAAGCUAACGAUGCGAUCAUUUUGGGUUGUAUGGUUGCUGAAUUUUUAGGAGAAUUCAGAAGAACCUCAGAAGAUUAUGGUGGAGGCACCCCUCCGCGGAUAGUUGCUCAUUUUCACGAAUGGCAAGCUGGAGUUGGUCUCAUUAUGAUCAGAAUCAGACAUAUCAACGUUGCUACUGUCUUCACCACGCAUGCUACACUUUUAGGAAGAUACCUGUGUGCUGGUAACACAGAUUUCUAUAAUAAUCUCAGUACAUUUAGUGUUGACGAAGAGGCUGGAAAAAGACAAAUCUAUCACAGAUAUUGUAUAGAAAGGGCAGCAUCUCAUCUGGCUCACAGUUUCACAACCGUAUCGGAAAUUACAGGUUAUGAAGCCGAACAUUUAUUAAAGAGAAAACCUGACGUUAUAACUCCGAAUGGUCUCAAUGUUAAAAAGUUCUCAGCUCUUCACGAAUUUCAAAAUCUCCACGCACUUUCCAAAGAUAAAAUACACGAAUUUGUUCGAGGCCACUUCUACGGACACUACGACUUUGACUUGGACAAAACGUUAUACUUUUUCAUUGCUGGCCGUUACGAAUUCGGUAAUAAAGGAGCUGAUAUUUUCAUCGAGGCUUUAGCUAGACUGAACCACUACUUAAAGAGCACCCAUCCGGACGUCACUGUGGUAGCUUUCAUGAUAUUCCCGGCAAAAACUAAUAAUUUCAACGUCGAAUCACUUAGAGGACACGCAGUUACUAAAGCUUUGAGAGAUACUAUCAAUGAUAUUCAGAAUAAAAUCGGAAAACGAAUGUAUGAAUGUUGUUUGAAUGGCCGAUUACCAAAUGGUAACGACAUGUUAGAAAAAGAAGAACUGGUCAGACUGAAGAGAUGUAUUUAUUCUUUACAACGGGACGGUCUGCCACCAGUUACUACACACAACGUGCAAGACGACUGGAACGAUCCUGUCCUAAAUUCAGUCAGAAGGUGUAGUUUAUUCAAUACUACACACGACAGAGUCAAAAUUGUCUUUCAUCCUGAGUUCCUUAGUUCUACAAAUCCACUAUUCGGUCUCGAUUAUGAAGAGUUCGUAAGGGGGUGUCACUUGGGAGUUUUUCCCAGUUAUUAUGAACCGUGGGGAUACACUCCUGCAGAGUGUACCGUAAUGGGUAUUCCAAGCAUCACUACAAAUUUAUCAGGUUUUGGAUGUUUCAUGCAAGAACAUAUCAUGGACCCCAUGUCCUACGGAAUCUACAUAGUGGACCGUAGAUACAUCGGCCUCGAAGAUUCCGUCAAACAGUUAGCUCAAUUUAUGUACGACUUCGCUAGGCUCAGUAGAAGACAGAGGAUAAUUCAAAGGAACCGUACUGAAAGACUCAGCGAUCUUUUGGACUGGAGGAACUUGGGAGUGUACUAUCGUCAAGCGCGGAUGAAAGCCUUGCACAAAGUAUUUUCGGACUACAAAGAAGAAAUGGAAUACGGUCUCGAAUUCAAAUAUCCCAGACCCAUUUCUGAACCUCCAUCUCCUAGUUCCAGUAAAGUAACGACUCCAGCUGCUUCGGUGCACGGAUCUGAUGAUGAAGGAGAUUCGGUGGACUCGGAAGCAGAGCUGGAAGAACUUAGAAGAGCUCUAUAGAAAUAAUGCCAUAUGUUACAAAAUACCCUUAAAUAAGUAAAGAAGCUAUAUGCAGUGGCAUAGGACCUACAAUUGUACAGGGUUAUUCAUAACGAAUUGGUAUUAUUUUAUCUAUAGAUUUUAUAGGAGAAAAUAUUAAUUUCUUAUCAAUAACUGGGUGGAGUUGCCACUAUUACACAAUUUUUCGAUUCUUCUGUAUGACAAUUUUAGACCGAACUCUUAUUCUCGAAUUAUUUAUGUUUGACGUUAUUUGUGCUUGACGAGUUUUGUGGGGUCCAGUAUUAGAUACAAUGGGGCUAGAGUUACCCAAAUAAUUCACUAACAUUGUUAAUUUUUUUUUCAAUUAUCCCAGCUUUCACACUUGCUGUGUGAAGUUUCGGAUAUUACAUAAUCGUUCGUUGUGAAACCUUUUUUAAGUUUAGAGACCAGUCACACGGUAUUAAUUCUGGCGAAUAAGUCGGAGCAAUUUACACCUUAAUGUCAUAAUUUUGUCUGCGCAAAAAAGUCUAAUAGACUGCACAGCACGCGCAAAUUAUGGUUAUAUCUUUUUCCAAAUGAUUGUGUGAAUAGCACAAAAAAGACUUUCUUUUCAUAAAAGAAAGUCGCCAUUGCCUUUUCAGUCCAUCAGGUGGUUUAGACCUUCGUAGGUUUUUUCCACAGUCUCCGAUAAUCACAUGAAUACAAAAACUUUUCUAAAAUAAAGUUUGUAUUCAAAAUACUGAAAUAUAAUAAUACUACUGAACUAUUUUUAUAACCAUGUAUUUAAUAUUUGACCCCGGUUAUUAAGAACAAUAUAAUAUUUUCCGGGGUAACAUCUGCAGAUAAAAUAAUGCCCAUUCUUUACUGCAUCAUCCUGUAUAUUGCGCAAAGUGCAAUAUUAAGUAUUAUUCAUACUUAUCAAAAAGUUUUAUUUAAAUUAUGUUUUUGUUUUGUUGGACCCAUGACUUUAUAUUUAUUAAAUUGUUAUAUAAUUGAUAUGUGCCAAAAUGAAAAGUACAAAAUUGGUAUGGAUAAUACUUGACACUCAACUGCCAGCUAUGGAAACCAACGAUGAUGUUAUUAUCCCUUUACAGGAUAUUACCUGCGUUCUAUUGGUGGACAUAAAUAAAUUAUAAAAAUAUA